CGGCUGUGCCAACCUAAUACUUGCAACAACCUCAUACGAAAAAUGUCCGCCAAUUUUAACACCCCGGACUCUCUCCGCCUGCCUUCGCAGCGCUCACAUCAUCUUCGCGCCUCCGGCGACUUUUCUGCAUUUCAGUCACCCUUGUCAGCACGGUCUGCGCGCCCAGCAUCUGAAAUCUUCCUCGCAUCGACGAGUCACCGCAAUGCGUCCCGGGCUGGAGCUGGCGGAGCGAUGUCACCCCCACCGGCAGAUGACCCUGAAUCACAGGCUAUGGACCAGUGGCUUCAGGAUCUUGCUCACUAUGAAUCUACUCUCGAGGAAAUGGCGGCGGCAUCAUUGGACACCAACUUCAAGGAGGAGCUUUCUGCGAUCGAGCAGUGGUUCCGCGUUCUCUCCGAGGCUGAGCGGACAGCUGCUUUGUACAGCCUCUUGAACGGCACCACUUCCGUGCAGAAGAGAUUUUUGAUCCAGGUUCUGAGGGAAAUGUUGAGAAGCGACCCCAUGAGUCAACUUCUCAGCCCGGCGAACUACGACAAAGACGUGAUACAGGGUCAGCUCUCUGCUGCUAUGUCCGGACUCAGCAUCCCGUCGCCAUCUCUUGCCUCGCACCCCAACCGCAAAUCUACUGCUCUUGAUGCCUCGACUGUGUCGAACUUGUUCCCGGAUGCAGCAGCGGCUAUUGCAAAGGAGCGCGCCCGCCUUCAGAACCGCAGAUCCGUUGCGUUCGAUCACCCUCAGAGCCCAUUAUGGGGUACUACCGGUACGCCUACUAGCGUCCGUGCCUCAGAGAUCAUAAGACCGAAGAGUGCGGAUCUGACUGGCGGAUGGCCCACCAGCGCCAGCAGGCUCUCUGCUUCCGCUCAGAGCCCUCGAGUUAUGUCCGGAUCAUUCGUUCCUGACUCGCCUUUCGGUGGUCCUUCUGGUGGUUCAUGGGCAAGUAUGGUAAACACCCCUCUUGUGCCUAUGUUCAGCCAGAGCACUUCCUCGCAGUCCGCGACUACCAACGCGAAUGCGCUCAGGGAGGCUCUGGCGCAGCAGCAACAGCAGGUCUUGCAGCAGCACCGACAGAUCAUCUUGGACUCUGAUGUCCGCAAGUUCCGUCGUGGAGCGAAGAGCCCUGCGCCUAGCACUCCUGGAUCGAACGCCGGUGCCUACGCUGGCACUCCCACCAGUGCCACCAACAUCGUCAUGUACGAUGAACACGGUCGUUUGACUGCCUUGCCGCAGCGAGCACCGACGAGCCCGCUCCUCUCCGGUCAGCGUCCAAGAAGUCCCGGACUUACGAGUCCUUUGGCUUCGGCCUACCCCACCACCGCAGGCUGGACUGUACCAAUUGGUAUCCAAUCCCCUCAAGCCAACGGUUUCCUUGCCGCCUUCCCUCCUUCGUCUCCGAUCCUCGGGCUCGACGCCGCAGGCUACCUUUCCGACCACUCCGGCCGUUCCGUUCACCGCAACGGUUCUCAACGCCGCGCAUCGUCCUCAAAACCCCAAGAAGACCCAACUAACCCCGAGCUUCUUUCCGAUUUGUCGGCAUGGUUGAGAAGCUUGCGACUCCACAAGUACACCGAUAACUUCACGGGCCUGACAUGGCAGGAUAUGGUUGAGAUGGGUGAUGCGGAGUUGGACGCGAUCGGUGUCAAUGCACUUGGUGCUAGGAGGAAGUUAUUGAAGUGUUUUGAGCAGGUUAGGGAGGCCAGGGAUAAGGGAGAGCUGUAG